AGAAAAAGAAAAAGAAAAAGUGAGGUCUUCUCCAAGUCUUUCAAAUUCCAAGGGAAAGAGACGAGAAUUUGAUUCGACACUGCAGCCCGUAACCAUACGAAGACGCUGAAGCUCAGGAUGGGCUUACUGGGUCUCGUUGGAUUUGCGCUCCAAUGCUUUGAUGUUCUUGCAUGGCCUCUCUUUGCUCUGGUCUAUCCUCUGUAUUCUUCCGUUAGAGCAAUCGAGACAAAUUCCAUUACAGAUACUCAGAAGAUAAAUACGUAUUGGGUCGUCUUCUCAUUGAUCUUGCUAUUUGAACAUGCUUUUAUGAAGCUCCUUGAAUGGUUCCUGCUCUGGCCAUACAUUAAGCUAUUGAUUGUCUUCUUUUUGGUGAUGCCACGUUUUGAUGGUGCCUUAUAUGUCUAUCAACACCUUAUCCGUCCAUGCCUCUCCAUGGAUCCCCAAAUUGUUAUUAGCUUGUUCAACAAGCAGAAGGAGUCCCUUGUGAGAGAUAACUUUCUCUCUGAGGUGGAGAGAUAUGUCAAGGAGACUGGACCUGAAGGUUUGGAAAAAUUUAUUGCUUGCAAGUCAACGAGGACAAAUCUCAAUGUAAAAGAGUUCAAUGCAGUUUCAUCCAUGGAUAAUGAAGCGUCAAAAUCCAUAAAGGCAAAUGGCGGACAGAAUGAUAUCAAAGCUGUGCAGGAAAUGGUGAAAAAGAAGGAAACAACUGCUAGCCAAGUUAGUCAGGCAGAGCCUAAUCUCACUGUGAAUGAAGAUAAAUUUUCUUCUAGGAAGAUGAAUGAAAAAAUCAUUGAGGUUGCAGCCAACAGAGAAAUUCUGAAUACUCCGCCUCCAAAGAAAGUCCAGAAGGAGUGGACCAAAGUCAGUCCGCUACCAACUCAAACUGAUGCAACUUUUAAUUCCCCUCUCGGUGAUAAUAAACACAAGGCUACAAACGAGGCACUGAAGAUGAAGAAUGAGGUAGAGCCGAAGUUCACUGGGCCUGAAAACCGUACUGUUGCAGCCAUGGAAACAUAUGAAAAGCUCGUUGAGGUUGGAAUAGCUAUAGAAGAUCCAGAGCCUCCUAAAGAAGUCCAGAAAGAGUGGACUUGUGCUCUCUGUCAGGUAACUACUACAUGUGAAAGAAAUUUGAAUUCCCACCUGCGAGGUAGAAAACACAAGGCAGCAUAUGAGGCACUGAAAGCAGGGAACCAGGCAUUUGUGCCCAAGAUUGCCCCAGCUUCAACUGCAAAAACAUCCAAUCAACCAAAUAAGGAGCCAGGAAAGAGUAUUCCGAAGAAAAUGAAAAUGAAAAUGAAGAUGUGCAAGGCCAGAAAAAUAGUAGUCCAGCUCCAUUCACAAAGAAGCAAUCCAGCAAUGGCCAGAAAGGGAUCAAAGCAAAAAGUUACUAUAAAUGAAAAUGUGCAAGGCCAGAAAAAUAGUAGUCCAGCUCCAAUCACAAAGAAGCAAUCCAGCAAUGGCCAGAAAGGGAAAAUUGCUAUACAGGUCGAGAAGGUACAAAGUCAACAACCGAAGCCAAAUGAAGUUCCAAGGGUGAAGAGUUCUCCUUUGCACAAGGUACAAAGUCAACAACCGAAGCCAAAUGAAGUUCCAAGGGUGAAGAGUUCACCUUUGCGCAAGGUACAAAGUCAACAACCGAAGCCAAAUGAAGUUCCAAGGGUGAAGAGUUCUCCUUUGCAGUGCGCAAUUUGUAGAAUACGCUGUGCUGGUGAGAUUGACAUGCUGUCUCAUCUCAACGGAAGAAAACACAAGGAAAAUGUGCAAGAACGACAAAAGAGAACCUAAUCAAGCUUGCAAGGAUGAAUAAGCCCAGGGGCCCUUUGUGAUACCACAACUGGUGAAUUUAACACUCUGGUGAGUUCAUGGUAUCUCAUCUUAAGUGAAGGAAGUGCUGUCAUAGUUUAUCACCAGAAAUGGUGGUUGUGCUGAGAAAUGCUCAAAAAAGAAAAUAGUAUAGUCCGUAAUUCUGAUUUAUUUUUCUUUGCUAAGCAACUGAAGACAUUUCAUGAUCAGUUUAAAUCAUGUUCUAUGAUCAACAUGAGUUGCAUCCCGUUUAAA